AUGGCGCAAAGAGAAUAUGACUUCUGCCAUGGCUCACAACAUGUCGGCAAGUUUAGGAGGAAGCUGCGCGACGUUCUAAACAAGGCCAAUGUACCCCUUCAGCACGGCAUGAAGAUAGUUCCCUCGGUGGACAUCACAUCACCAGUCAUCAGCGUAAUCAAUAUGUUCCUGGACGGAUAUUGUCAAGCAGCCGAAGUACGGGAAAUUGUCAACUCUGAAUUUGACUAUUUGCCAGCCUGCUUCGCAAGAAUAGACUUCUACUUCAAGACUUACCCAAACGAUCACAACAUCCUCACAAGCUGCGUCAACCUGGGAUUUACUACCUUCAAGGGAGUAGAAGGAGCGGUUGGGUUUUAUACUAGCUAUCAAGCCCAGCGAGCUGGCCUCGUGAUACUUAGUGGCCCAAAAUACCAGCAGAACCUGCGGCGGUGCCUCCAGGAGAUUAAGUCGGGUUCCGAUGCAUUGGAAGACGAAGCUAGGAUGUCAUUCACACAUCGCAUGAUAUCGGACAACGAGCAGACUCGAAACUGGCCACCUCGGUCGCCAAUGUCGUCCAGAUCGACCACGCCCAGGCUAGGUGAAGCGCCACAUUGGACUCCUCGGGACAUGUGGACCCGUCUUCACAUCCCAAACCUCGACGAAACAAAUCUCCACAACGUCGUGGACAGCGCCGCGGACAUUGUAUUCCAAGACCGGGGUCGCGCCGACCAAGUCAUCGAGACGCCUCUGUUCCGAAACUGGAUCCUCACGCCCGGCUCCGCAAGACUGCUCGUCCAUGGCGACUUCAGUGGCGUGAAAAAGGUGCCACCGUCCUCAAUUCUAUGCGCAACCGUGAUGCAAGCACUGCGUAUGACUCCUGGGAUCGUCCUGACAGGUUGCCACCUGAGUCUGGACGACCACCACGGCGGCACUGCCAUGCUCCGCUCACUAGUCGCCCAGCUAUUGCGCCAAUUCCCGUCGUUCUCCAUCGACCCGGACCCCGGGAUCUCAAUGCAAGCCAUUGGUAACGGAGAUGCAGACCAGCUGUGCAGGCUCUUCGUGCAUUUGGUACGCCAACUCCCGCCCAAGACGACCUUGUUCUGCCUCAUCGAUGGGAUCAACGAGUACGAGAGCGAAGAAUAUCUGCACGACAUGGACGGCAUUGUCAUGGCGCUAGUCGACCUGGUUGAGGAGGCCGACAAUAACACCAGAGCAAAGGUCAAGCUAUUGCUCACAAGCCCCCAGCCGACGGUGGAGGUCAGGCAUGUCUUCGACGACGUUCCGGAAGCUUUACUACACGUGUCACAGCUUCCCCUGGUCGGAGGGGGAGUCGGGUUCGUUGGGCUUCAGGAGCAACUGGGGGGUGGGAUUAUAGGUGAAAUAGACGCGGGUUCUAUCUAA